AUGACAAAUAAUUUAGAAGAUAGUGAAAUCACAAUAGGAGAAGUUGAAGGAAAACUUGUCCAUAUUAAGGAUUCAAAUGAUCAAAAUAUUGUCAAAUACAUAAAUGCAGAGGGGCUUGCAUUUCCAAGAUUAUAUAUUCCAUCAAAUAUUAAAUAUCCACAUGAAACAAAAUUUGGUAAACGUAAAUUUUUAUCUGCAUCAACAACCUGGUUUCCGGAAGUAUUGGAAACUGAAUUACAAAGAGAAAUAACUUGUAUGGCAUGGAAACCAUUUGGUAGUAAUUUAUUAGCUGUUGGAUGCCGACGUGGAAUAUGUCUAUGGGAACUUUCAUUGAAUCAAAAUAUAAAUUCUGGUGACACAUCAACAUUAAGUGCAUGGAUGCAUUAUCUUCAUUACCCUGGUCAUGAAAAUAUAGUAACAUUGGCUUGGCAUCCAAAUGAAAAAUAUCCUAAAUUAUAUCAAUCAAUUAAAUCAACAGGAUCAUUAGAUGGAUCAAUUAUUUUGUGGAAUACAACAUUAGAAAUUGGCACACCAAUAAUUAAUAAUUGCAACGUUAAUCUUCUUGUUUGGAGUCCACUGGGAAAUAUUCUUUUUGCCACUUACUUAGGCGGUUUAAUAGAAGUGUGGGAAACUCAACGAUGGACUUCGAAAAAAUUCACUGUGCCUUUUAAUAAAAAUGAUUCUAUCAAGUCAGCUUGUUGGACAAAAGAUGGACAUGCUGUAUUUCUUAUAUUAGAAAAUGAUUAUUGUAUUCGUUCAGUUACCAUUUCACCAAAUCUAGAUUUUGAAUGGUUAGUUGAAACCAACAUCGCAAAUAUUCCAUCAUGUUCUGAGAAUAGUGUUAUAGACUCGUUAGCAAUAGAUCCAACAGGAGAAAGAUUAGUAGCAAAUAUUGAUAAUAACAAAUACAUUAUCGUAUUCAAAGCUAAUCGACCAACACUUGUAACACGGAUUAAUAAACUUUUGACAUUUCAAGAUUUGAUCAGAGGUCCCUCAUGGUAUUUAAAUCAAGAAGAUGCAAUUUUUCAAGCAAGACCUGAUCCAGUACCAAUCUCCAUCAAUUUCGCAAAUCAAUUUAAAAGAGGUGCUUUACUAAGUGUGGUAAAUAUAUGUUCGGAUUUUGGUCUUGGGUUGGGAUUUUAA